UCAUCACCAGUAUUGGACAGAAAACAACAUAUUACAUGGAUUUAGUUUGUGAUGUGCUUUGCAUAAUAAACUAAUCUAGUCUCACUGUGGCUUUUAUUGGUGUGUCAGAGAAAUGUAUAAGGUAAAGUUAUUGCAGCAAUUCUUCCUAUCCGGAAGGCUUGAAUCACAAGUUGUGAAGGACUUUGCUCACUACAAACUGCUGUGUCUUGUGAGAGAUUCUCUUAAACUCACAAGUCUGCCAGACAGACCGACAUGCACAGGUGACUUCUUCUGCUUCUCUUCAGGGACCAACUAUGGAGACUUUUGGGCUGAGGAGGACCCAGUCCCUGAGGUGUCUGUCUGGGGUUCAGGAGACGUCAUGGGUCAUGCCAGCUUCAAGCCACUGGAACAGGAAGUCUGUGUCGCAGCUGGUGCAACAAUACCAAAGCUGUAGUGACCUACGGAAUUUUGAAAAAGCGGAUCAUAAACUUCAGGUGACAGAAAUCAGUGUGGACAGUCAGCGGGGGAGGACAGAGAGCAGGGAAAACGUGGCCCUCUGGGGGGGGCCAUGUUCUCUCCCAGGAAGAAGCUCCAAUCUGUCCAGGAGUCGCUCCAUGGACUGCCUCCCUCAGAAGGAGUCCUCAGGCACCAAAGCUUUGUGUGCCCUGUUUGAGUCCAAGGCCUCGCUGCAGCAGAAAUUCCACAGCAGCACCAGGCUGGACAUCAAGGCUGCUGCUGGCACUAAAACAAGGGGAGGCUGCCCCCUGCAGGACCAGAGAGGCCAUAACAGCCCGGGAACUACCCAGGCGGAAAGGGGAAAGGUCGUGAAUGGACAUCAGGAGUCUAAGAGCAAAAUGUGGAGAUACUCACACGGUGACAAAACCCGUCUGCCGCCGACUACAGGGGUCUCCCCGACAAGACCAGCCAGAGACAGGAUAUCUACUUCCUCCUCCGUGAGAGAGAGAUCCGCUCUUUAUCUGUCAAGAGCAGUCAUCGACUCCACAGGAGGCUCAACGCAGCCAGAAUCUAUCAGUGCUCCAGCAACAAGGUCGAAAAUCAUUAAGAUGGCUGACGCAGCCAGGAAAGUCAAAGUUUCACAAUCUUCUCGUGAUGAAGAUGACCUCCCUAUCCCUCCACCUCCUCCUGUACCACCUAGACCCCUGGACUAUGAAGGGCCUCCUACAUGUGAUAGCCUCCCUAUCCCACCUAAAGAAACCUUCUCCACGUUCUACCACCAACGGCAGAAGAGUGAACUGAAGAGACUCUUUAAACACAUCCACCCUGACCUACGGGCAAGUCUGGAUGAUGUAGUGGAUGAUGAGAUAAUGGAGGCAGUGCAGUCAGAAAACCCUGAUGCAGCAGAUGCAGCUUAUCAGUGUGAAGUGCAGUCCAUGAGGUGGAUUUUUGAGAACUGGAAUCUGGCCAACAUUGGGGACCCUCAUUCAACCAAGAAGAUGUUGGAUGAUGAGGAGUUAAAAGGCGGAGAUGUCAGAGGCACAUCUUCUAUGUUUGAGCAGAUUGACAGCACCCAACAAAUGUCUGCUAAAAGACAGACCUCUGUCAGAGGUGAUGUGAGAACAUCAACAUGGCUGUUUGAGACCCAGCCCUUAGAUUCUCUAAAUAAAUCUACAAGAGAAGAAGGUGAGCUGGUCGAGGCAGUGCUGAGAGAACCCAUCCAGUCAGGAGACGUAACUGGAACUCGGCUGCUUUUUGAGUCAAAAUCACUGUGUGACUUAGGACGCUGCAACUCCAUAGAAGAUUAUAGCUUCCUGAAACUGAAAUCUGAACUCCAGGAGCAGAAAGGAGACGUCCAGACGACUGUGAAACUGUUCCAGACAGAACCUUGCUGUGCCAUCAGAGACAACAGUGGCAGUAUGCAUGAAAUCAAAUCCAUCUGCAGGGAAGAGAUCAACAGCAAUAACAUCAGCACUGCCCGUUGGCUUUUUGAAACCCAGCCUUUGGACCUGAUUAAUAAGGGAACUGAUGGAGUGAAAAUCAUUCGAGGGAUAUCACUUGAAGAGGGGCACAGAGGUGGAGUUGACCAAAAGAGGUGGAUGUUUGAAACUCAGCCAUUUGGCACAAUACAAGAGGUUGUAGGCGUGGACAAGUUUGAAGGAACAGUGGAUGAAUGCAUUGGAGAGGCGGAUGUUGUCAACAAGAGGACGUAUUUUGAGACACAACCUUUGGCGUCACUGAGAGGAGAUUCAGAUAAAAAAUCUUUGGAAAAGGAAGAAAUAAUUCGAGGGGACAUCAAAACUUCUUUGUGGUUGUUUGAAACUCAACCCAUGGAGACUCUUAGUGAUACCUAUGAAGUCGGGCGUCUGAAGAAAAUUACCCUUUCAGCUGAUGAACAAGGAGAAGUAAAAGGUAGAAAGAGAAUGUUUGAGAGCGGCAGUACUGAGAAGAGCACCUCAUUCAAAAAACAAGAGAUUGAAAAGGGUGACGUCAAGGGAUUCAAACAUCUUUUUGAAACAAUUCCUUUGAGCAAAAUUGCUCAUUCUGAGGAAGAGAUUAUUGAGGAGGAAAAUGCCACCCCAGCAGGAAACAUGAAAGGUAACGGAGCAAUGUUUGAGGCACCUCAUUUAUACGCAAUAAAGGACAGCUCUGGAAACCUCCACAAGGUCACAACAGUCAGCCGAGAAGAAUUAAUCAAAGGCAAGGUUAAAAACUACAAGUGGAUGUUUGAGACCAAGCCAAUAGACGAGCUUGCAGAAGGAAAAGGAAAUGUUGAGGUUAUCAAAGGCAUCACCAGACAAGAGGAUACGAAGGGAGAUGUCAAGAUGGCAAAGUGGCUUUUUGAAACGCAGACAAUAGAUGGGAUCCAUUCUAAGUUCAACCAGACAGAGCAAAAUGUCUCUGUUGAAGAGGAGCCUCAUAUGGGUGAUGUCAAGAAUUGUAAAUGGUUAUUUGAAACACAGUCAAUGGGCAUUUUGUCUAACAAAUCAGAUAAUGUCAAAGAUAAAGGAGCCACUGACAACGCCAAUGUCAAGUCCAUUACUUGGCUAUUUGAAUCACAACCUCUUGACAGCAUUAAAGAUGGGGAGGAGUACAAUUUGAAUCUCUGCAGCACUGUGCAAGACGCUGUUAAAUCAGAGGUUGGUGUUAAAACAGUCAAAUGUCUUUUUGAAACAGAAACCUUGGACAGAAUUAGACAGGAUACAAAUUCAGACAAAGACAUGAGAUGUGUAAGCCUCAUUGACUUCCAGUCAGGAGAUGUCUCACGAGUCAAAGAACUUUUUGAAUCCCAGUCACUUGAUGAAAUAGGAUUAGAAAUGGAGAGAACGUGUGAUGAACAGAGCCAACGUGAACCAAUUGAAAGCGGUUCGGCACAUAAGUUAACUUGGAUGUUUGAGAACUGUCCCAUGAACCUCAUUAAUAAUGAAACCGUUGAUGCAAACCUUCAGGGAGAGAGUGAUGCUUUGAGUGGGGACGUCCAAAACAAAAAGUUUAUAUUUGAAACCUCCUCACUGGACAAAAUCCACAGCGAGCCCCUUGAGCAGAAAUUGGUCCCUGCAGAGGAGCCUGUGAGUAGUGUGGAUGUGAAAUCAAGCACCAUGAUGUUUGAGUCCCUGCCACUUUAUGCCAUCAGAGACAAAGAGGGACUGUUCCACGAGGUCACAACUGUGAAAAAAGAAGAGGUGAUGAGUGCGGACGUAAGAGGAGCGAGGUGGAUGUUUGAAACAAAACCACUUGAUGCUAUCAAGGCAGAGAAUGAAGUAUUUGUGAUCCGAGCCGUCACCCAAGAAGAUGUCAAGAAAGGCGAUGUCAAAUCGGCCAGAUGGAAGUUUGAGACGCAACCUUUGGACUCUCUCACCAGCCACGAGGAGUCUUCUGUCAGGGUCACUGAAGACUUUGGAAGCAGUAACGUGCGGCUUAAUAAAGAGUUGUUUGAAUCUGAACAGUCAUCCAACAAGUUUGUGCGAAUGGUUAGUGUCACUGAUGUCCAACACGGUGAUGUCAGGACCUCCACUUGGCUCUUUGAGAACCAAUCGAUUGACAGCCUUAAAGGUGAACAUCAGGAGCAAGGUCCAGUAAAAACAGUCCACAGAGAAGACAGCCAGAAAGGAGACGUGAAGCGCUGCACUUGGCUGUUUGAAUCUCAAGCGCUAGACAAAAUCAAGGAGCCUGAGGAUACCUCAGAGCAAGGUGUCGAGGAGCAGAUACCGAAAGCUGAUGUGGAGUGCACAACCUGGCUCUUUGAGACCACUCCAUUGGACAAAAUCACUGCCAACAGUGUUUCUGACGCCCUAUCAUAUCUCUACCAAAUGUCCUUUGUUCACUCAAGUGGCAUCAUAAUAGAAGCAAAUGAGAGUAGAAAUGUUAACAUGGCUAAAUAUCUGGUUGAAAGCAAUGAAGGUGUGCAAAUCCAGAAGGAAGAGGUUAUCAAGGGGAACAUCAGGAACAUCAUGUUCCAACUGCUAAUUAAACCAACUCUCAAGCCCCAAGUAACUCUUCUUAGAGAGGUGGAGAAGGGUAAAGUGAACACCACUGUAGUAGAACUUCCGGUCUACCAGUCAGCCACAACAAUCAACCUUGAGAGGGAUCAACGGAUACACAAUAUUGUCCAGAUGAUUGAGGAAGUGCUUGUUCAAGAUAAGUCUUUGAAAAAGGGAAUCCUAAUGCAAGAGACUGCAGGAGGACAAGCAGAGAUGACCGUUUAUUCACUCAUCUGCAAUUAUGAAACAAAAGCCAAGACUCACACCAUAGAGAGAGGAGAUGUGAAGUCUACAAUUGGAAAUCUGUUGUCUACUGCCAAUAGUCAGAGGACCGCAGUGUCGUGCAGAGUCGAUGAAACUGAAAAGGGAAACGUGAACUUGUACAAAAGCUGCAUUGAGAAGGGAGAUCUGCACUACCUUAAAAGUCUUCAUACUGAGUUGUCUGCAGAUGAAGUUGAUUGUAGCCUUCUUGCUAAAGAACAGAUAGAAAUAGUUCAGGGGGAUGUGAAAGAAGCAAAGAGGAGUCUCUGCCAGCCGAAAGAUCAAGUGGAGCGAACCAUUUCCGAUGUUUUGCCAGGAGAUGUAGAGAAUACCAAAAAGGUGUUUUCAUCAGAGUCUACUGUCAGUGUUGACUACUGUGUUCCAAAGGAAGAAAUUAUUCCUGGAGAUAUCUCAUCAGCAAAGCAACAACUUGCAGUAAAGCAACUUGUCAUGGUAGAAAAAGAGGAAGUAGUGGCUGGGGACGUUAAGGCAACAAUGCAGUCAUUAGAACGUGCAAAGCAACUGAGCAUGAGUGUGGAGCGGGAGAUCAUCAAACCUGGAACUAUCUAUGACAUGGAUUUGUCAGCCGAAGGUCCUGAAGUAGGAGAGAGCACAUCACAAAAAGAGAUCAUUAUAUCCGGAGAUGUGAAAAAGGCUAAAAGGUCCCUUGAAAUGGCGAAGCAGCAAAGCAUGCAUGUGGAGCGUGAAGUAAUUGUUCCUGGAAAUAUUUACAACCUGAAUGUCUCCGCACAACAAGAGAGCUCAUCAGUAGUGCAGCAAUCUACGAGUUCAUCCUCCUCCAGAUGUCAGCAAAUCAGGACUUAUCCAAAGGUCAGUGAUUCAGUGAAAGAUCAAGAAAGCCAUAUUCCCUUUGAGGCAUGUCAACAAAGAGCAGUUAUAGUCAGUAAUUGUGCAUCAGACUCACUGACACCUGUUGUAAGUUAUGAAUGCAAUGGCCAAACAACAGAAGAAGAGCGAGAAGAAGUAAUCAGAGGAGAUGUGAGGGCAGCCAUAAGGUCGCUGCAGACUGCAGUGACAGAGCAGAAGCUUCUAGAUAAAGAAGAUAUUGUAAGAGGAAAUGUUCAAUUGGCUCUGCAGUCUCUUGAGAAGUCUAGUGUAAAUGUAUCCAAGGGAGACUAUAAGGCUGCAAUGAUAUACAGGAACUCAGGUAGGACUGGUUCAGGGAGGAGCAAGACUGUUCAAGAGCAGUGUGUUGUGGUGUCUAUGCCUCCAUCUGACACAAAACUGUCUCCUUCAAUUUCAGUAACCUGUGAAGGAGAACCAUCCCUUUCAACACAAAACCCAACACCCAGCCCUGUUGCAAAUGGAAUCUCAAAAUCACCCAGAUCUGAGAGUGUAACUCCACCACCCCUCCUUCGAAAGAUUAGUGAGAAACCACCGGAGCAGAAGCCAUCCUUACCACCAAAGCCUCUAUGGAUGAAAUCAGUUACCGUGGAGGAACCAAAUAUUCCACUUCCCUCCGCUCACAAAUUUGCAGUGAUUCCUCCAAACCACAGCAACACGUUUCCUAUGCCCUUUACGGUGAAAGAUCCAAAUCAAGCAAAUGAACGUCAAUCAAUGGACUCAAAGUCUAAGGAAUUCAAAAAGAAAAAAAUAACAACACCACAUACCGAGGAUAAAUCUGACUGCCAACACAGCACUGUGGAAAUGGAGAGAAAUGUAAUACAGAAAAUUAAUGCAGCUGAGGAGAUUCAGAUGUGUAUGAAGAAUUAUGCAGAAGAAGGUAAACAUGAAAUGAACGUGAGCUUGCACACUGCACUGCAGAACUUUGAACAAAAGGAACGUGAGGCUCUGGACAAUCGAGUCCCUCAGUUAUCCAAAAGGGUAAAAGUAGCAAAUGAUAAUGACAGUAACUAUAGCAACAAAAUCCCAACUCACCAACACAAAUCAAAUCCCGAACAUCCCAAGAAACAACACAGCAAGACUGAGGAUCCAACGUCGGAGACCAAGACUCUGGUUGACGUAUGUCAUUCACAGCAUACUGACCUCAAUGAAAAGCAUCACAAUCUUGAGGAUAAAGUGGUUCUUAGACAAAAGAAAGUGAAAGAGACAGAAGGUGAGCGGCGACAGAGGCUUUCUGUCCACAAGGACGAGAUCAUGAAAGGAAAUGUGACAGCAGCCAUGGAAAUCUUUGAAAAUUUGAGAAAACGAGAGGAACUCAAAGAAAUCCUGUCUAAGGUUGAAGAGAUAGAGGAAGACACCAGCACUGUUGACAAUAGAUCCUUGAAGACAUUUUACAACAAUGUCCCUGAUUGGAUGGAUACACCGAGCACAAAUGCAAAGCAAAGAAAAACACAGCAAAAGAAAGUUGAAGUGGAAACGCAGGAAGAUGAUUUGGAAAGCAUCUCCUCAGUCGAGACUGCGUUUGAAGACCUGGAAAGGGCAAGUAAAGAAAUAAUAAAUCUGAAGCAAGAGACUUUAGCUAAACUUAUUGAGAUUGAAGAGACAAUAAAAAAAGCUUUGUACUCUGUCUCCAAUCUGAAGUCUGAGGCUGACAUUGUAGGAUUGUCAGGACUAUUCGAUGAAUCUCUCAACUCGGAGCAAAACAUUCAACCUACCAACAACAUCAGAAAAAUAAGUAUUGUGUCAAGCAAGGCCAAGGCAGGUCUUACCAAAGAGACCACUGACGUGAAUCUGCAAACGGUUUCGGAUUCUAGUCCUUCCCAGCAACAAGUGCCCAGGCACAAUAAGCCACUCAUCAGACAGUCCUCUUCCCAGUCCUCCCCGUCAUUCAUCUCCAUUCACUCAGCUGCCAGAAAGCCUGCCGAACAACCAAAGCUGCCCGUUUCAACAUUUAAACCAAAAACAGAUGGUGGUUCUCAGGAAUCUGCUGGUGAAUGCUCAAAAACAUGUCCCAGUCCUGCACAACGCAAAGUUAGUGUGCUUGAGGUGAAAACUGUUCCAGAGCAGCCUGCAGGAGUAGUCGGCACAAAGACAGUCAGUGAAACAUACGAAGAGACGGAUGGAUUUGGCAACGUAUUUGUUUCCUCGACAACUUCCACAUUUGUCACCAAACAAGCUGAUGCUAAAUCAUCUGCUCUGUUUGAAGUAGUUGGGAGUCCAACCAGAUACGAAGUCAUGACAUCGCCUUUAAUGCAAAGAUCUGGUCGCCUUUUUGAAGACAAAGUGUUGAGCAACCCCAAGGAGGAGGGGACAGUGUUUGUCACAUUCAGCCAACCGAAGGAAAAGCACUAAAUUAGCCACUUAUCAGACAGUGUAUUUCCCAGUCCUUUUUUUUUUAGGAAUGCAUUUGUGUGUUCAUCUCGUUAUGACAAUACAAAUUUUUUGUUAGUCAUAAUGUUGAUCGAAAAUAACACAAAAUGUUUACUUUUUAUUGAAGAAAAACAUGUCCAAUAGAUUUUAUACUGUAACCAUUUGAUAAAGUGAUAAGUUUUUUUAUUAAAGCUUAGCAUAUAGUUAAUAUUGUAUGUUCUGUUGUGUAAACUGAGAAAUAAAAACAAAAACAGAAAUA